AUGGCUCCGUUUAAGUUUGGGAAGAAAUUGAACCUCGACAAGAUUGGACCGAAAUCAUUGCAAAAUAAUAACAAUAAUAAUAAUAACAAUAAUAAUAAUGCAGGGACUCAGGGAAAUAAUAUAUCGCCAUCGGAUGGUGUUCAAGCUACGAAUACGUUCAAAUCUCAGUAUGGGGGUCAACAGCAACAUUUGCAGCAAAAACAACUUUCGAAUCAGAAUUUUCAACAGCAACAACAAUAUAAACAGCCUAUGAAUAAUGCUAAUGGUCACUACCAAGCUCAACAGAAUUAUAAUAAUUACUCGUUAUCAUCACAGCAGCAAGGUAGACUUCAACCUACCCCUGCUCCAAGUCAACAACGUAAUGUGUCUGGAGCUGCCACUACAUUAAUGCCAAGACAAAAAGAAUAUACUCCAUGGAACAGAAUUAAACUACAGAAUUCUCCUUUCCCAAGGUACAGACACGUCUCAUCUGCUUAUGCAACAGCAAGUAACAAUAUUUACAUAUUAGGCGGUUUACACGAUCAAAGUGUUUAUGGCGACACCUGGAUUAUCUCUUGUAACCCAGAUGCAACACAAUUCUCAUCUAAAUCUGUCGAUAUUGGUGAAAAUACUCCUCCACCUAGAGUUGGACAUGCAGCCACAUUAUGUGGUAAUGCAUUCAUUGUAUUUGGUGGUGACACUCAUAAAGUAAACAAAGAAGGUCUGAUGGAUGAUGACAUAUAUUUGUUCAAUAUCAAUUCUUACAAAUGGACCAUUCCUAACCCUAUAGGACCUCGUCCAUUAGGUCGUUACGGUCAUAAAAUCUGUAUAUUAGCUACUUCAACGGUAAAGACCAAGCUUUACCUGUUUGGUGGUCAAUUUGACGAUACCUACUUCAACGAUCUUGCAGUUUUCGAUCUAUCAUCGUUUAGAAGGCAAGAUUCCCAUUGGGAAUUCAUUAAAUCAAAAGGUUUUAUGCCUCCACCUUUAACAAAUCAUACAAUGGUAACAUAUGGAUCAGAUCUAUGGAUCUAUGGUGGUGAUACACAGCAAGGCUUGAUUAAUGAUAUAUUUAAGUUUUCACCUAAUACUAAUACAUGGACAAAAGUUGAAACCACAGGUACUAAACCUCCACCAAUGCAAGAGCACGCUGCGGUUGUUUAUAAAAAUAUUAUGUGUGUUGUCGGUGGUAAAGAUGAAAAUGACAUGUAUUUAAAUUCAGUUUACUUAUUCAAUUUUGAUAGUUCUAAGUGGUACACAUUUCCAGAUUUUAAGUCUGGUAUUAUUCAGGGCCGUUCAGGACAUUCCGUCACUUUAUUGAACAAUGACAAGCUUUUAAUAAUGGGUGGUGAUAAAUAUGAUUUUGCUAGACCUGGCGAUUAUGAUCUUCAUACUUCUGAAAUUGACGAGGGUGUUGGUACUAUUUUAUACACUCUCGAUUUAUCUCGUCUUUCAAAUCUAUGUCCUGGAAUUUUUGAUAAACCGGUUAAAACUGACCAAAGUCCGAAGAGAAAUCAAGAGAAUGUACCUUCACCUUUACCAAUUGAAGAAAACACUGAGAACGAAGCUGAUAAUUACUUGGCAGAGCCACAACCUCAAACUAAUAUUCUAACACCAAACCAACCUUCGGUAGCAACUCCAAACUUGGCUAAUACUCCACCAUAUAAUUCUAAAUCAAAUGCAGUAGAUGAAUUUGAAAAAACUUUGGAUAGCAUUAAUUUUUCUGAAAUCCCUGUUGAAAAGAAAGUGGAACCAAAAAUACCUGCAAUCGAAGCUAGCAGUUCUAGUGAUGGUGCUACGACUACUGGUGUACCUGAAGAUUCGUCAAUAGAAAAGGCAGUAAGUAGCCCUCAAGAAAAGAAAAUUGAUUCCAUCAAAAACGGUGAAGUUUCAGGUACAUUACAGGUUGAUAGUACCGAUGUUAUUGGUCUAGCUACAGUUGUCAGUUCACCAAAAAAAGGAUCUGUUCAAUAUGACAGUGCAGGGAAGUCCAGCAUAUUAGAGGCACUUGAUCAAGAUACCAUUAGAACCGAGGAUAAAAUUGAUAAUAUAGAAUUGGGAUCCUCUACAAAGUUGAAUACGACUACACCUGUAGAGAAAGCAGUAUUUGCAGAAACUAGUUUCGAUGAUAGUUAUGAUAUUACAGAGAGUUAUACUCAACAUCCUAAAUCUGAUGAAAAGGCGAUUUUCGAACAAUUACGUUUGCAACUCGCAGAAUUAAGACAUGAAACAGAAGUUAAAGCUAAGGAAGCUAGUGAUCAUAUCAAGGAGCUAGAAGAUGAAAAUAAGAGACUACAAAGCAGUUUGUCCAGUAACUCUAAGGCGAAUAUGGAAAUAAUUAGCCUACAAUCUAAAUAUGACAUAUUAGAAGCUGAUUAUAAUUCUUUGGAAGACAAAAUGUCAGAAAGUGACCGUUUGCUAAAGUCCAACUUUCUUGAUGUUUCAAAUCUAAAUAUUAUUAUAAAGGCUCAGUCUGAAAAAUUGAAGGAUGCAGAAGAAGGUUUGACACUUCUAGAAAGUCAUAAAGAGCUGAAAUCGAAGUAUAGCGCAUUGGAAUCAGAGAAUGCAGAAUUGAAAUCAAAACUGGAAAAGCUAGAUGGUCAAGAAUUCAGAAAUAAUAUUUUAACAUAUUCUCAAAAUAUAGAUUUAUUUAUGAAUGAGUGGAAAAAGGGAAAGCUUAAUACCGAAAAUGAAGCCAUAAGUAAAGAUUCUGAUACUAAUAAGUCUCCAGUUAGUCCAACUUCGUCAAAAAGUCAACAUCAUAAGGCAGUUAUCAGCAAGCUUUCUUCAAGACUUGAUGAACUUUUACAUAAAAGCGAAGACCUUGCUGAUACUAAGGAUAAAUUGACAACAGAUUAUAAACAGUUAGAAUCGAAGCACAAAUCAUUAAGUCAAGAAUACUUAGCCAGUCAAUCUAAGCUUCAGUUGGCAGAGAAUAAUUAUAGAGAUAGUUUAACCUCAGUAACGAAUACAAGCAAAGCAUUAGAGGUUACUCAAACAGAAUUGUCAAAAUAUAAAAUCGAAUAUACCAAAAUUAAAGAUGAACUAGAAAAGGUAAAAUUUGCAAAUGUGAGUUCCCCAAAUGGUAACAAUUUAGAAGAAGGUGACAUAAAUGCUAAUGGCAAUAAUAAUUUAAGAGAUGCUCAAGUAGAUAUGAAGAUUAAAGAUCUAAAGGCAGAACUAAUAAUCAUUAAACAAGAAAGAGAUGAAUUAAAAAAUGAAGUUGUUUCAAUAAAAAAGAAAAUGCUGACAAUGGAUAAGAAUAAUCAAUUGUAG